GAAAUAUAAACAAGAAGAUCGACGUCGUCAGAAAGAGUCAGAAAAGAUCAAAAUUAUCCAAACUAACGCCCUUACAGAGUCUCAGUUUUAACAUUUUCGAUUCCAAGUUAAUUAUUUAACCUCGGAAAGUUUUUUAUUUUGCGAGCCAACGAUGCUGAGUCGAAUUUCCGCAGCUCUUCAGACUGCAGUUGACACGGUAGCACCACCCGUGCCCUUGCAGCAAGAUUUCAUCUACCACUGGAAACAAGUGAUGCGAUUUUACGACAAUUCGGACGAAGAGCUGAAUGUUCCGAUUGAAACGACGCACUUACCAAUUCACCUGGAACAAAUGCUUACAGCCCUUCAAGAGGAGCAGGAUGAAUCUAGGAGGUACAAGGAAGAUUCGGACGUUCACUCUGGCCCGUGUUUGGAAUAUUUAAUUCAGCAUCGAGUCCCUGAUCUGUUAGCUUCUUUAACAGUGGCAGAUACACCAUCAGGAAUGCGGCACCUUGGUCUUGUGUUUUUCUCUCGGCUCACAUCGUUGACCUACACACAGCUUCAAAGUCAGCCCGCCCUUUACGAGCCAGUCCAAAAAAUAGUGAAAAUGUGCGGCCAAACCGCUGCUUCUCCUACAGAAGCACAAGAGGUCCGAUUGCUCUGUGUGCUGGCUGCGGUUAUUGGACAAAAACCGGACUUAGCGAAUCUAUUUAGCAAAUCUUCGGAAGCAUCAGCCGAUUCCCCUGAAUCCUCAAACACAUCCUCCCAGGAAUCCACACCCAGUCAUUCCCACGAAAGAGCCUCGAGAAAAGGAAAUAUCAUCGUCGAGGCGCUUUUGAAAUUCAUCGACAGUGCUGACGGCCGACUGAGGGUUAAAAUUAGUGAAUCUCUGCUUGUCUUGACAAAUCUACCCAGCACUGCCAUGUCGAUAGCUCACGAAUCCUCUCUGGCCGAGAGCAUUGCCCUCCGACUGGCCAUGCUCCACUGCGAGGUGCCAUCAACCAUUGAACCUGGGGAGUUAGAGGAAAUGCACUCAUCUUGGGGCAUGGACAAUCCUUUAGAUGUAAAAGAGCCAUUCCCAGGCUGCAGACAAUUGGCAGCAUAUUUGUCUUGGUGGAACUUUUGCGACAAGAUGGUGGGAGAUUCUCAGCCAGAAAUAGGCCAGUCAUUAGUGUGUAGCAUUCAAGAUCAUUUUCUCGUCCGUCAGCUGCAAACAAGAAUUUGUGCAGGAGCCGAGCUUGCUUCAAACCCAGCUGAAGAAGAUCCCAAGCAACUGCAAGAUUCCAUCAUCACAUUAGUCCACAUUGGUAAAUUGUUGCGAGAGUGCAAAGCGCCACUGCUGAGAAUUGGGCUCAGCCACUGGCUCACUGGAGUCACGACCCAGUCUGUGUUGGACACUUCAGUCAGAGAUUCGAUUCUGAAGCUGCUGGAAGUUGCUCACGGUGAUUUGGCUGUGGAGACGAUGAGACUGGUGGAGGUCUUGGUGGACGAAACUUACGACACAGCUUUAAACACUCUCGUCUUUUCUCACUUGCUGCCUCACAAAGUCACCGCACAAAUUUCUAGUGAAACUGAAACUAGUCUGGAAGGAAAAUUACAAUCUAGCUUAACGUUUGCGCCAAACAAUGUACAGGCCACUUUAGAGGGAUUCUUGCAAUUGCUGCCACCUUUCUUGAGGACUGGAGAAACUGAGGCAGGCUAUGAGAGUUAUCUUCAGGACGCCCAGAGGCAAUAUCAGGCGUUGUGGAAAAAGUGCUUUACCUUGGGCUGGCCACUGGAAGUUGUGGCAGAAGACGACGGCAACAGCAGUGAUUCACGUCCCGAAGACGAGCACACUGACGGAGUGGCACCAAUUCUAAAAAUCCUAUUUCAUCGAAUUGAACAAUUCCCCGAGCAAGAGUACGAGUUCAACCUGCAGCUGACAGCUCUUCUGUCCCGCUUGGCCAUGUUACCACACGCUGGCCUUCACGAGCUUCUCCUUUCGCCGAAUCAAGUCUCUCCCAGCAACGUAAGCCCAGAUCAGCUUACAAUGGGUGCUGGACUUGUAGUUUCCUUGAGACGACUGGCUCUUCGAGUGGCUAAAGAGGCUCCAUCCAUACCAAACUUACAAAAAAGACUGAAAUCUACGAGAAACAGGCUCUUGGGAGACCCGAGCUUAAGUGAAGAUACCCCGACCACGCAGCAAAGUCUUACGAAUGAACAAGAGAGUCUCCUGGAAAGUAUAGUUGUCCUAGAAGAGUUCUGCAAAGAAUUGUCAGCCAUCACGUUUGUUAAGUAUCACCUCCAUUCUCCUGUUUAAUUUAGAAUGACUGACAGUUUGGGCAUUCAUUUAAGUUAAAAAAAUGUUACUUUGAUAGGUUUUGUGAUUUUAAGAGCACAACUACAAAUUUAUGUGUUUUCCCCGAGUCUAGUCUUCAAAAGACCUCUAAUGUGAAAUGAUUUUAUAAUAUACUUAACAUGGAAUAUGAAUUGGAACAAUUUGAUUAAAAUUGAAUGCUAUAGUUAUUAUGAGCUCUUUUUAAACAACAGCAUUACAAAAAUCAUGGCUUCUUUAACCCUCUGUGAAAUAUCGAGUGUUAUAAAAAAAGGUUGUUGUCCACCAGCACUAUAUUUAGGCUACCAUCAUUCCAAAUUUCAUUCAAAUCUGUCAAAUCUGAUGAUCCUUGCAACUUGCAAAGACUAAAACGUUAAUAAGUCUCAUAGUAUUUUUAAUUUCAAGCAUUAAUUGGAUAAAUUGAUUUGGAAGCCACGGGCUUGGAGCGUCAAUAAUACAAUUCAAUUUUUUUUAGCCAUAUAUAAUUAUAUAUUAUUAAUUACUCGUUCAAAUGGAAAGCUUUCGUAGGAUAAUAGGUUACAAUUAUAUAUAAACACAAUUUGUCACGUGUUUGGCUUUGAUGUAAAUAGUUGUGGAAGUUGUCGAAUAAACUAUAUUGUAAAAAUGCAAUAA